UUAUUAAAGACUGCUUCUAGUGUCGAAGAACAUACUCAAACUUUAAUAUUUUGCGAUACAAAAUUGUGAUUUUAACUUAUAGCCGUGAAAAGGUCACGCAUCACACUUUUCUCCAAUUAACGUCUUCUGGUGUAUAAAAAACACUCUUACUUGUUGCAUUUUUUAAUAUAGUUGCCAAUGUUUUACGCAAUAUUUGUGAAAUUAAUUUUCCGUGGAAACUUUAUUAUUCCGCUCCAAACGAUCUUUCCUCUGAUUUCCUCGAUGGAUCUCUGAUGUGUCCGCGUGGACUUGGCACUGAUGUGCUGAUGAUGAGAGUGCACUGGCUGGAUGGCUGGUAUAGGCCUCUUUUGUCUUUGCGCCUUUGCGCGGUUUUCAUUGGUCAGGAACCUUUCCCUCGUGCCUCGACGUGACAUCACAAGCACCCGACCAGCAGGAAAGCAGGAGAGUUUACAGAUGGUGCUGGACAUCUCCGAGGACGCACGCACUUUUACGCACAGCCAGUCCUGGCCGCUUUUUUUGCGCUAAAAGUUGUGAAAAUAAAAGGAUAUCAGCGUAGAUGCUUUGCGGUUUGGAGAAUCUGAAGUAGGAAGUGGACUUCUCUCGGAUCGUGUUUUUGUGAAUGGAGAUGGGCCGUGCGUAAAAAUCUUUUCGUCGCCUUUGAAAGAAGAGCUCUCGCUCUCCCACCUGUUGCCAGGUGGUAUCGGCUUUAAAACUGCGGAUAUCUACUAUGACAUUAGGUUUGGAAAUCAUGGAGGAUAUUGUUAUCGACGUGGUGGGGGAAGGACUCAAAGACAGCGCAGAGGAGCAGCUUUUACCUUUGGAUGAGUCGCGAAGCGAGCACGAAGACGGCACGGAGACGUCCAGCAGCCAGAGUAAAGACAGGGAGACCUUCAGCCCUGCGCCGGCGUGUCUCCCUGCUCCUAAAACCAAAGGUCCCGCGUCGGUGAAGCCCCCAUACUCAUACAUCGCUCUGAUAACCAUGGCCAUCCUUCAGAGCCCAAAAAAGCGGCUCACCCUCAGCGAGAUAUGUGACUUUAUCAGCCACCGCUUCGUUUAUUACCGGGAGAAAUUCCCCGCCUGGCAAAACUCUAUCAGACACAAUCUUUCGCUCAAUGACUGUUUUGUAAAGAUGCCAAGAGAGCCCGGGAACCCCGGGAAGGGCAACUACUGGACGCUGGAUCCCAACUCCUCCGACAUGUUUGAGAACGGGAGCUUCCUGCGGCGGAGGAAACGCUUCAAGCGGCAGCAUUUUCGCUUCGACCCGCUCAAAGAACAGCACCUGGAGCCCAGCGCGCUCCACGGCUUUCCACACAGCGCCUACGGGCUCGGCACCGCGGCCCUGCAGCUGCCAAGUCUGGAGAUUUACCCCUACCUCCAUCACCACGCGCCUUCGCAGUGCGGCCCCGCCACCAUCCCACCUGUGAGCAGUAUCCUGCCGGCUCUCUCCAGCUUCUUCUCGCGCAGCGCCCUUUCAGCCAAAGCUUUCCUUCAGUCUCAGCCGGGCAUCGACGCUUUCUCGCCGGCACAGUGCACAGCGUAUUCCUCUCCUCUGACCUCCAGCGCCGCAUACGUCUCCCCCGCGCUCUUCCACCCGGCGGCUUCUCCGCACUUCCUCAGUUUACACCAGGAGUACCAGAAACUACAGACUCAGCGUGGCAUCGGCGACCUGGCCAAACACAUCCACACCAACGAUGAAUAAUCCCCCCCACUCCCCUCUCCUUAAAGCGGACUUUAAUUUGUAUUUUCUCAGGUAAACGGAGACAUUUGGAGCAGAUGCUUGCAGUGGAAAUUGGAUGGAUCUGUUUUUGUUUUUUUACAAGAAUGUUCCAGAAAUGCUCAAAACUUUUCCUCGAUCUCCCCAACUUCAUGGCAAAAACAACAGACGCCCUUUAAAAAAAACCUGAUCAUGAAUUAUCAUCUUUUGUUUAAAUAUUUAAAUGACGAGUUUCCUUUACGUCUUUUUUCUGUAAAGAAAUAAAGCUGAGUAUUUAAA